UCUACCUAACCUAAUACACGAAGUACAUACAUAACCUAUAAACAAUUCAUUAUAAUAGAAACUGUAUUUGACUGUGAAGUAAAUGUUUAACAAUUUUAAGUUUACUUUAUACAUAUGCGAGUAAAAUAUAUAUAUAAAAGAACCAUUUUCACCUACAUUAAGUUAUAACUAUGGAUUCGCCAGUGUCGGCCUUUGCAAUUUACAGUACCAAUAAGAAACCUAAGAAACAAACAAACAAAAAGAAGAAACAGAAAAAAGCGAAACCUUCCAAUGUUUUAGUAGAAAAUUUGAAUGAUGCGACUAUGAUUAAUAUAGCUCAAAAAGUUAAACAGUCGCAGAAGAAAUCAAAAGAAUCAAAGAAUAUAGCAAAGAAGAAAAUUCAUAAAAAGAAAAAGAACAAGCAGUCUAAGGAAUCUACUGCAAAUGCCAAAAUUGUUGAAAGUGUACAACACGAUUUAAGUACUAAGAGCAAUCGUAGCAAUUCUGAACGUGACCAAGUACCUGCUUUAAUUAAUUAUUUUGAAAAUAAAAGUGAUGAGGAUACAGUGGGUGAACAUUCAGAUAAUGGUAGUUUUGAAUUCACUCCAGUUGAAACAGAUAGUGUUGAAGAAGGUUUAAAAGCAUUCAGGUGGAUGAUAGCACCAUAUAAUCCUGAUGAGUUCCUGAACCGAAUUUGGGAAAAGAAACCAUUACACAUCGCCCGUAAGAAGCCUAGCUACUAUAAAGAAAUAAUCUCCACACCCAUCAUAGAUCAGAUGUUGCGUAAAGAUAACAUACAGUUCACUAAAAACAUUGAUGUGACAUCAUACGUAAAUGAGAAACGAGAGACACAUAAUCCGGAAGGCAGAGCUCAUCCAUAUCUAGUUUGGGAUUACUAUGUAAAUGGCUGCAGUAUUAGAUUAUUAAAUCCACAAACUUACAUCCCUAAACUUCAUUUGUUGAAUGCAACGCUUCAGGAGUUCUUUAACUCGUUUGUAGGUGCCAAUGCAUAUUUAACACCACCAGACUCUCAAGGCUUCGCUCCCCAUUAUGAUGAUAUAGAAGCUUUUAUCUUGCAAACUGAAGGAAAGAAACAUUGGCGUAUAUACAAACCACGAAACAAUGAAGAAACAUUGCCUAGAGUUUCAUCAAAGAAUUUUGACCAAAAUGAAAUAGGUGAUCCAAUUUUAGAAGUCACCUUAGAAGCUGGCGAUUUACUUUAUUUUCCAAGAGGCUUUAUCCAUCAAGGUGUUACAAUUGAAGGGGAGCACUCCCUUCAUGUCACUGUCAGUAUGUAUCAGAAACAUUCAUGGGCAGACUUAUUUGAGAAAUUAGUUCCUGCAGCUUUGCAGAUGGCGAUAAAUGAAAAUGUUGAGUUGAGGCAAGGUUUGCCAUUUGAUAUCUAUGACAAUUUUGGUCUAGUCAACUCAGAUGUAAAUACACCACGAAGAAAAGAAAUAGAGACUAUCAUUAGGACACUAUUUGAUAAAAUUAAAGAUCAUUUACCAAUAGAUGAAGCAGUGGAUCAAAUGAACAAAAAUUAUCAGCAUGAUGCACUACCACCGGUUCUAACUGACUUAGAAAAGAAUGUCACUGUAUACAGUGACAAUGAUGUUGUGAUGAGAAAUGGUAAAGUUAGAAAUAGAGUUGAAAUUGGACUUGACACCAAAAUAAGACUGUUACGAAAAAAUAUACUGAGAAUGGUGUCGGAAGAUCGUAUAAGAUUGUAUUAUUAUGUUGAGAAUUCAUUGGAAUAUCACGGAAGUGAGCUGCCAUACCUUGAAAUUGAGGAAGAACUGGCACCAGCAAUAGAAACAUUGAUACUUUCAUAUCCACAGUAUGUUGCAGUGGAAAGUCUGGAUGUUCCAAAUGAUUCAGAUAAGCUGCAGAUAGCUGAUGCUCUGUGGUCAAGGGGACUGAUUAUGUCAGAGUAUCCAUUGGAAACAGUUGAUGAUUAAGAAUCCUCUUGUUUUUGAUAAAUAAAUAACUUAAUAUUGA